GAAAGUUUUCUUUGAUCCUUCGUUCUAUUUUUAUGAAGCAUUUAUUGGUUUAAUAAGAAGGAAAUUUUUAUGUAAUUUUCUGGAAAUUGCAACCCUUAGAGGAUUAUUACACGGUCGAUCACGGGUGCAGUUGCGGCUACCGGGUCCGGGUAAAUGGAAGGGUUAAACGCGGGCGUGAAAGUGUUCAGUUUCACUCGCCUUCCGAGAGAUCUACCUACCUGCCGGCGGCAGCAGGUAGUAGGAGAGGAAAACGCGUUCGAAGUUGCUCGAACCCAGUGUCCCAGAAGCGAAAUCGUGCUCGCGCAGCGCGCAAUGCGCCUCCUCGACCGGAAAAACGGUUCGCCAAGAAAAUAAACAGAGAAUUCACUGUGAAAAUUCAUUAAAGUUCGAGACGAAUUUAUAAAACGAUUUGUAGGGAGUGUGAAUCUUAAAGUGUGAAACGUUCUUAAUCGCCUGGAAGUGUUUGUUAAUUUAUUAUUAAUUAUUAAUGGAACGAGGAGUUCGAAUAAUAUUUAUUGAGAAUAUGAUUUCGUAUUAAGAAUCUGAUGGAUAUUUGAUUGAAUUUUAACUACUCAUCAUUUUUAAAGAAUUUUAGAUUCGAAAGAUAAUUGAUUAUUAUACAGAAUUCUUCAGCAGAAUGAUAAAUCAGUACAUAUUCAAUUCUUCGACUCUUAAUUAUUGACGCUAUCGAAAAGUUUUUCAUAUAGAAGUUGUAGGCAUUGACGUCCUCUACAAGAAAAAUUCUGAAGAAUAGAAUGGAUUGAAAAUCAACAAGGAAGAGAACACAGCGUCAAUUGAACGACUUCAACACUUUUAUUAAUUACAAUAAAAAUUAUAUGAAAGAAGAAUUUAUUAAAAUCGGUACAUAAUCUCUCCUAUUAACUCUGACUUCAUUUAGCAUAAUAAAAACAUAUAAUAAAUUAAAAAUCAACAAGGAAGAGGAACCAGUCUCAAUAAAAAAAACCCUAAAUUAAUAUAAAAUAUAAAAUAAGCUCCAUUAAUUGAAAGAAAAUGCGAAUACCGAUGGAAUCCUCCAUAUAUUGGGACUCGGUGGGUUCCCAGCGGUCGACUUCCGGUAGCUCCGGCGAGUGCAGUUCCGGGAGCGCCAGCAGGCACUACGUGGACCCGUGGGACCUCGAGAACUACGCUUACCUACGCCGUCACAGCGUCUCCGGCUUGACGCAACCGGCGUCGUCGUCGCGGCAUCACCGUAGGCAUCCCGGUUAUCAUCGCGUGUCGCAAGACUCGCGGGCCCAUUCCGAUUACUGGUGUUCGAGGGAGCCAGGGUACGAUGCACCGGGCUUCGUGGAGGAGUUGUAUUGUGGACCGGCGCGAGGGAACAAUGCCGGUUGCCACUAUCAUCAGCCGAUCUACGAGGACGAGGUACCGGAUUACGUCGCCCCGUUUCCGGUCUACGCGCCUCUCUCCGAUGUGAGACACGGUGAUUACAUGGAAGACCACAGGCGACACAGGCACAGGUGCAAGUCGACUGCCACGAGAAAUCUUCAUAGAUCCAUGAGCGUGGAUUCGAGCCUGCCACCGAUGGGUCCCGUAGAAUUAGGUACAAAAUUAUACAUAUACAAAUAU